GGCCACUGACCACAACGUUGAUAACACGACGGCGAUCCUCAGAGAGUGGCUGAAGAACGUUCAGCACCUUUACCACGAUGUGGAGUGGAGGCCGAUGGAAGACCCCCCGUCUUACCCAGAAGAAAUUGGGCCAAAACAUUGGCCGAGCUCCCGAUUCACUCACGUGAUGAAACUCCGACAGGCAGCCCUGCGCGCUGCACGGGAGAGGUGGUCAGACUACAUCCUGUUUAUUGAUGCAGAUAAUUUACUGACCAACCCACAAACCCUGAGCCUGAUGAUAGCAGAAAACAAGACACUGGUGGCACCGAUGCUCGAGUCUCGCUCUCUCUACUCUAACUUCUGGUGUGGCAUCACCCCCCAGGGCUACUACAGAAGGACCCUGGAUUAUCCCCUGAUUCGGGAAUGGAAGAGGACAGGCUGUUUCCCUGUCCCAAUGAUUCAUUCCACGUUCCUCAUUGACUUGAGGAAAGAGGCCUCCACCAAGCUGAUGUUCUACCCGCCCCACCAGGACUACACCUGGAGCUUUGACGAUAUCAUGGUCUUUGCCUUCUCCAGCCGCCAAGCAGGAAUUCAGAUGUUUGUCUGCAACCGUGAGCACUAUGGUUUCCUUCCCAUGCCCCUGAAACCGCACCAGACGCUGCAAGAAGAAGCCGAGAACUUUGUGCACACACUGAUCGAGGCUAUGAUCGAUCGCCCUCCCAUUGAACCCUCUCAGUAUGUCUCUGUUCCUCCGAAGAACCCGGACAAGAUGGGAUUCGAUGAAAUUUUCAUGAUCAACCUGAAGCGUCGGAAAGACAGGCGGGAUCGGAUGCUGCGGACUCUCUAUGAGCAGGAGAUCACAGUCAAGAUCGUGGAGGCUGUUGAUGGAAAAGCGCUGAACACGAGUCAGCUCAAGGCUCUCAGCAUCGACAUGCUCCCGGGUUACCGGGACCCGUACUCCUCCAGGCCCCUGACCAGGGGAGAGAUCGGCUGCUUCCUCAGCCACUACUACAUCUGGAAGGAGGUGGUGAACAGGGAACUGGAGAAGACGCUUGUUAUUGAGGAUGAUGUGCGCUUCGAACACCAGUUCAAAAGGAAGCUCAUGAAGCUGAUGGACGACAUUGAACGAGCCCAGCUGGACUGGGAGCUGAUGUGA